UUCAGCUUCAGGGGGUGGGCAAAGAAAGAAACGAAUUUUGUGACCAAGGCCAGACGUUCCGCUUAAAACGGCGCUUAACUGGGCAGAAGAUUGAGACUCUGCGGCACAGUUGGCUUCUGGCCUGGAGACGUCGAUUAUUGUUUUAAAAGAUUAACCAAUUAUUAGAAUCUAUUGUUCCAAUAGGUCCAAAAAAAACCGCCUCCGUGUGUCCGUAGCCGGUUCUUUACAUAAAGAACUUUAGAUAUUCAAGUCAGCAAAUAGGUUGAUAGUUGGAUAUACCUGCUAUCGCAAUCAUCUCGUUUCGCGCCCAGACUCCAAACGUUUUCCUCACAGAUGCUCCUUUCACAUUUCGAAUGAUGUUGUCAUCCAUGGAUUCCACACUGUCCCUGGACUUUGGAAACCCUCGCCAGUUUGACGGCCUCUUGCCCGGACGCCGAUCCUGCGCUGGUGAACUCCCCGUAAAGUCCAACAGAGCUGGGCGGACUUUCUCAAGGUACCACGUCUUCGGUUGGAAAAUCUUCCUCCUGAGGCAGCGCCGGCUUGGCACGUCCAGUAGGCCCAUUAAAAGCAAAGGGAACAAACAGCCCCGGACUGAAAGGCUAAUAUUUGGCACUCUGUACCCUGCGUACUCUUCCUACAAGGCAGUCAAAACGAAGAAUGUUAAGGAAUAUGUGAAGUGGAUGAUGUAUUGGAUUGUCUUUGCAUUUUUUACUACAGCAGAGACUCUCACAGAUAUAAUCCUGUCAUGGUUUCCAUUUUACUUUGAGUUGAAGAUAGCUUUCGUUAUCUGGUUGCUGUCUCCAUACACAAAAGGGUCCAGCGUUCUGUACAGAAAAUUUGUCCACCCAACCUUGUCCAGCAAAGAGAAGGAAAUUGAUGAGUACAUAAGCCAAGCCAAAGAUCGCAGCUAUCAGACCAUGAUGCGGUUUGGGAAACGUGGACUAAAUCUUGCUGCCAAUGCUGCAGUAACUGCUGCAGCUAAGGGCCAAGGAGUGCUGUCAGACAAGCUGCGGAGUUUCAGCAUGCAGGACCUGACAUUGCUCAGAGAUGAAGACUCGAUCCACCUGCGCAGCACUGACCCCCACAUGAGAAUGUCUACAAGCAAUAUUCUGGAAACAAUAAGUGAUUCUGACGCACACCGGGUUCCUUCAGGAGAAGAACUAGGAAGUGCACAGGCUCAGAAGUCAGAUGGAGAGCAGCCAGAUGUGAAACUUGAACAAGCAGAUGAAGAUAUCGUGGACAAAGUGCCAAAACGCACACAGAGCCUUAAAGCCAGCAAACAAAAACUGCAGCGUUCAGAGCCACAAUCAAAGAGUGUAAAGUUGCGUGCUAAAAAGAGGGCCACCAGCACCACCAGCAGCCCUGAGUCUGCAUGAACUGGAUCACGUGGGGAUAAAGCCGUACAGAGUGCCACAAGUCUUUCCAUCUGCCUUCAGUACAUCAGAUUUGAGUCUUGCUUGAAGCAGAGAAACUGCUGCAGCAUAAAGGAGGAGCUAUACCUUGUAAAUAGGAGCUUGGGCCCUGUGUCUUUAGCAGGUAUGGGGGAAUGCAGACGUCACCACAGCACAGCAAUAUUUUGAGCUGUUGUUGAGGGACUAGACCAAGUAAUCUUGCUCAGUGUUAUAUAAGCAUUUCAUCAAUAAUAUUCAAAAUGAAGUUCCACCAAAAUAUCUCCAAGGAAGUAUUAAGCUAUGUUUAGGUUUGCACUCAUUAUUUUUCAUUGGAUUGUUUCUCUUCUCCAUUUGUACCAUUUCCUGUUCCUUCAUGUUCUCUGUGAAAAGGGAGUAUGGGAAUAAAAACUUAAUUUUAAUAUCAGUGAAUUGAAUAAAAAAAAACUUACAUUCCAGAUGUUUGUUAGUAUUUGCCUGGAAGUGACCAUGAAAAUCCACAGUCUAUAGCCAUUGCAAAUUCGACCUUAAGGUCAUAUAAAUGGCUUUGGUUUACACUUGAAUUGCCACAGAGAAAGAAAGUUUGGCUGAAGUAUUUUGUGAUGCAACUAUAAUUUUCAGGAAUCAAGAAAUAUAAACUGAAGAUAUGAAAAAUAUGUUUUUAAAGCUUGGUAUGUUUUCAAAUCUUAGUUCUGUAACCUAAUUUUUGACGUACUAAUGUAACAAACCAGCUAUCACAGAAAAUACAGGAAAUAUAUUUUACAAAGUAAUUAGAUUUCCAAAAUGUAUUGCCAUCUUUAGAUGUCAUCUGGUAGCAGAUUCACUGUGCUCAGAGACUGAAUUACAAACUAUGCACUGGAAAAUUGUUUUGAUCAGAAAAAUCACAUUGAAAGAGUGAACAGGAAAGCAUGCUUAAUUAAUGUUCUACAAAAUGGAAAAAUAGGCCGGGGGUGGGGGGGGGCAGUGGGAUAUCUUCCAUGAGAAUUUGGUAUUAUGGAAAUGAAUGUGAGAAGUUUUGUUGUGUUGGAAAUAUAUACAUUGAUUGUAAACAGUAAGUGCUUUGGGAUUCUAAAUAAUGGAAGUAAAUGGAAAGUGGCUUGGGUUUGUUGGAAAUCUGUACAGUUGAAGUGAUGAGAAAGAGAUUAUUCCUUUGGAAUUGUACAUAUGAGGAGAGAUGGGGAUUGAUAGCUGGGUUGUUGGACUGAAAUUCUGUGAAGUGGGAAAGUGCCAGAGAUUUGGUUCAGUGAAAGGAAACAGAUUGCUACAUUGGGAUUCUGAAUGAGGAUAUGGAAUUGACUGCCCUGUUGGAUUUGGUAUUCUGAAAUGGAAUCCAUUGAUGUUAUUUUUGCUCAUUUCCCAGGGCUGUAACUGCAUUCAGAGAUCCAGGUUCAUAUGGUCUAAUGAUAACCUGUUCUUGAAUGUCUGCAUGGCUUUUGUAUGCACUAUGAGUAGUUGAAGUAGAAUUUUCUAAUUGUUCUAUGGACAUCUCGGGUCAGAACAUUAAUACCACACUGCUUUCCAGAAUCACCCUGUAAGUUCUAAGAGAUGGCUGGUGAUGAACCAUAAACAGCAAUUUAAUCAGCUUCUGAUGCUCCCAAAAACAAUGAGAGUGAAGUAAGACUGAUUUAUGAACUUCAAGGUAAAAUAAAUUGGCUGCCAGGUGCUUGCUAUUCCCUAUAAUGUGUAGCAUGCUGUUUAGUUAUUGUUCAUGUUUUAGUAUUUGCCAGUAGGUACAUUUAGUGGGGCUGAGGUGAUAUGACAUGAAUGAAAAUGGUAAUGAUGUAGGAAAUGAAGUUGUGUGAAAUCAUGUGAAAUAACUAUAAUAUAGAUAUUUUUGCAAAUGGAUUACUAGGAUAUGUGCUAUACAUGAUGUACCAGACUGAACAAAAUGCACUGUAUAACUGUUAAUACACUGAAUAAAAGGCUUCAGUCAUCACUCUAUACUAGAGGUCAGUGUAGUAUGCAUGUUAUUUCAGUGAGUUCCCAAACUACCUCCUCCCACAUGAUUACAUGAUUGAUACCUGUAUUAUUAAUUCCUCUGUUAUCAUUAAUAUCUAGUCAUUGAUAGUUUUUGUAAAUAGAUAAUUUAAGUUUAGAACUUACAAUCUCAGUUUAUUACAAUUUAUAUAUCUGAAUGAUUAGUUUACAAAGAGGCUGUUAUUGACCCAGCCAAAAAUAUAUUAGAUUCAAAUUCUAUCCAUAUUACAAAACACACAUAAUGCUGAAAGUCCUAGUUUAAUACUCAAGUCCCAAAAAGUAUAACAUGUUUCUAAUGUUGUUUCAGCUGUGUGGGUCUCUAUAGAUUUUGCCUGUGGUUUUACUAGAUUUACCCAUACGCUUUGCACCAUUAAAACUUGACCUCAGUUAGAAAUGCUGUAGCAAAUCACAGAAAACAAAAUAUACUGGAUCUCCAUUAUUGCUGGAACAUGAUAAGCCAGCCCCAAUUAUGUAACUGGAAGAACUAUGGAUGUAUUUCAUUAACAUUUAGCACCUUAAAGCAUUUUCGUGCUGAAAUUUUCAAUUGACUGAUAUUGGCUAUGAUUAAUAGGUUUUUUUCCAGAAACAUGCUGGUUUCCUGCAGAAAAAUACAUCAGUCAAUAAAAUACCUCAGUAAAUUAAGGAUAUUUAGGCAAAAUCUUAAAGAGGGACGUGCCUAUCCAAUUCGGUGCCCAUUAAUCUGAGAUAACAGUUUAUGGAGAAUGUUGUUGUUGCACUCCAUACGCAAGGAAUUAUGGUCUCACAGGAAGCUCUUUUUCUUCAGUUGUACAUGGUCACUAUUUGAAGAUACUUCAGGUGAAUGCGCUUGGCAAACAGCUUUCAUCUCAAUAUUAGUUGUAUAUGGUAUCUUGUUUUUUCCCCAGCCAAAAGAUGUUUGCAAGAUACUUAUUAUUAAAUUAAAAUUAAAUAAUUAUUUGUUAACAUUGGUGACAAGGCUUAUCAUAGAAAUUAUGGCGUAGGAGGCCGUCCAGCUCAAGUAAGGACAGUUACGAUCCCACAGAUCUAUUAGUUACCUGCAAAGCUUUGCAGUGAUCUGCUUAAUUUGUAUAUUUUAGAAAAUGUUAAUAUUUUUCAUGUCAGUUAUUUAUAAGAUAGCUCUGAUUCGAGUCUAGAGCAUUCAUAUUAAUCAAAGCCCUCAAUGAGUCAGUACUUCCUCAGACUAAUGACCUCAGCCACCAGAACAGCAGUAGUCACGUAUCCACUAUUUCAAGCAGCAAAGGACCUGUGAUCAUAGCCAACGAAGAAGCAAGUCAUCACACAGACUCUUGCUGAGAAGCAGUGUUUUGGUUUUACGUACAUCUGGAUUUGGAUGUCAGUGUUCAGCAGUGUUCAAUACUGAUACCCCAUGAAGAAUCUAGUGUGCUGCAAUCCUCAGUCUUAAGUUUCAGGUAUAUACACCCAGGUAUUCUUUCUAUUACUAUGCUAGUCUGUGUUGACUAAUGCAUUCCUCUCAAAGUAAGGAGAUUCCAUUAAAUGUAAUGCCAAUUUAAUUUUUUAUUUCUGAAUGUUUUGCAGGAUGUUGUUGAGUUUGCAGGAAGUCUCAAGUAGUGUGUCUCACCUGUUUUGAACUGUACAUGUUGUAUGGAUUAUGAGACCUUGUUGCACUUGCUGUGUAUUAUUUCUGUUGCAUCAGAGCUGGAGACUUGGCCUGGUUUUGAAAAAUAUUCAGACUCACCUUCUUCCCUGUAAUUCUCACCCCAGACGAAGAUCCAAACCUUCAGCACAGAAGUAGAACAGCUUGGGACGGGGUCCAUAAUGAUUUGUGUUCACUCUUACUAAUGCAGUGUUUACGAAACCACAGAUAUAUACAAGAGGCAUGUAAAUAUAUGACCCACUAAUGGAACCACAUAGCCAUCAGUUUAAUCAUUAAUACUUCUGACUCUGUGGUUAAGUUGCUAAUGCAUUAUCACCUUGUAUAGAGGGUCAAACUGUUCUGUGGCUAAAUCCAAAAAUUUUCAAUCCAGUGAGAAGUGCUAAUGCCAAUUACAUUUAUCACUGUCAUAUACUUUCAGUUAGCACUUCCUUGUAGGUGGAGGAGAGGAAAUUGAUUGAGGUUGGGGGGUGAGAUGGAUAGGAGAUAGUAGGCAUAACAGAAACAGGAAUCCAUGCAUACCCACAGUGGUUAAGUGGGUUUGUGAGCUGCGUAGUUAGUUCGAUUAGUAGAGAAGGCAUUAAAAUUGACCUCAAAGAAUCUGUGAAAUCAGGCACAUUUCCAGGCCCCAAUUAGUCUCCAAUGACUUUUCAUCCCUCUUUGGAGAAGGCAGCAUCCAGGGAUCUUGAUGGAGGACAGUUACUGGGCUCAAAAUUCACACAUGAAUAAGGUGCACUGUGGCAAAGCACGAGAGGUUGGAAACAUGAUGCAGUAAUAAGCCAUGUCUUCAGGAUAGGAGGGAAAACCGAUGUGAAAUAAAAGCUCCAAAGGAACUUUUUUGGGACUUUUGAGAAAGAACUGCUAUUUCUAAUCACAGCGACAGAGGGAUAAUUAUAUCUGCAUAGCCAAAAACAUUCUGACUGGUCCUCUAUCUAUGUAACUAAUUCUUUCUCCUCAAUGCAAGUCGCUAUUAUUGCUAACCAGUCAUUAAAUAUAUAUUAAAUUAAUUGGUGAAUAAGUCAUCUAUUCAUUAUAGAGUACAUUGAGUAUAAUAUUCUGGUUGGUAAUGCUUUCUUUUACCCUCUUGCAAAAUGGUGCGAAGUUCUAUGCAGCAUGAACAAGUUUUUACAAUGAAGCAUUUAGUCCCAUUCAACAAGAGGGUUUAUAGAAUCAUAAAAUAGUACAGUAUUAAGCUUUACAGCUACUCGGCCAAUCAUGUCUGAGUCAGCAUCCAUAAUCCAUUUGAUGAAGAAGUUUCCCACAGCCUCCAGAUGUUAGUUUACUGCUGGAUAUAAACCAAAAUUCAGAACUGGUGCUCCAAUAUCAGCUCACCAGGACCAUCUGCAACAAGGGUUCAAGUUUGUUAUUUCUGUUAAGCAAAGAACUGAAUAGGAUAAUGAUUGAUGUUCUCACACCUGAAGGCAAACACAAGCACAUUUCCAUGCUUCUCUCAGCUACAUACUGAAUCAGAUUUACCAGUUUGUAUCACCUGUUGAUUGACUUAGACUGCAGAGACCCAAGGAUGAUAUUCAAUAGAGCAAGUUUAAUAGAAUCUAUACAGCCCAGUGCAUUUCCUGCUCAUUCACACUGCAGAAAACCAUCAAUUCUAAACGCUAAGUUUGUUUAAAUUCCACCAGCUAAUGUUAUAUUCUAACAGGAUAACACUAAAUGGAAACCAACAAACAGGUUUAAUGUUCAUGAAAUAUAUAAACAAACAAUUCAAUUUUCCUAUGAGGUACUACUUAUUGCUAGCUGUAGUACAGUAUAAUAAAUAUACCCCUAAUUUUACAGGUUAGCAAUCCCUGACCAAUUGACACUAACAUUGACUCCUGUAAGUUGCAUGUACUCAUAAGUAUUUGGAAUGUCACUCUUUUCCUCACUAGUUUUACUGAUUAUACUCUGUUUCUCUGGGACUCUAGAAACAAGCUGCCGAGAAAGAGAUAAACUAACUUCUAAUCCGUGCUUCGCUUCCUGUGUUGGAAAUUGCCUCAACAGUCCACCAAAGGCAGCUCCCGAAAUGAAACUAUCUUCCCACCCUCAUCCUUGCUAUGGGACCUAUGCAACAGUUUAAUCAAAUUUCUCCUGCUGGGCACACUGAAUAAAAUCACUCUUGCAUUAAAAACUGAGAACUACCAUGGAAGUGCUACACAAUUACCCAUUGUUAAACAUGAAAUAGAAAAUAAAUUAUUUUAUAUAAUGUCAGUUCCUCUUGGGAUAUGUACAGUAGCACAUUAACAUUCCAAGAGCCGUGUGUUUAUAGCUGGCAAGUCAAAAAAGUUAUCUCAAAACUUUUAGGGAUUACUUUUUAACACCCGAAUUUAACUUCAUGGCAGUUGACAAUAUGCAAAAUUUCUCACCUUUUCAAUGCUCCAGAAGAUCAUUUAAUUAUACAAAGAAAUGUGUGGGAUUCAAUGUUGUCUGUAGGUUGCAACCAGAAGACAGGACAGGCUUGUUGAACCAGUUAAUCUUUUCUUGUACUUCAACGUGUACCUCUUCUACAUGUCUGGUCUGUCUUCCCUUUGUUUUCUCCCAUAUUUCCUUUUUGAUUCCAUCAUUCUUUCCAUUCUGUUUUUCUCUCUCUCCUUCUCUGCACCCACCCUGCAUAAAAUUGUAAAGUUAACAAAUUCAUAUUUCUCUUAACAAAUUCAUAUUUGUCUAUCUUAUGUAUAACAAUGGGCUUCAGGAGAGAAUAACUGUGAGAAAUAUUUCCAUUGAUGAAACUCUGUUACAGUAGAGCAGUGCAAUAAAACUUCUGCAGUAACACCAAAUUGAAUACUGAGCAAUAACUUUGUAGGAACCCAUUGUCAGUGGACAUGGCUCUAUGACAGCAUAUUGAUCAGAGCAGGAACACAUUUAUGUCAACAUCACUGUAAUUAAGAAGCUGAAUCCCAGUUGCUGUGGAACUCGUCCUGAUACCUAACCUGAAUAAUCUUUAGUUGUUUGUGUACACUUCUCAAUGGGAUUUAUAGCUUGCUUGUUGUGAUUACCCUGUUUAAUUACAACCAGUAAAACCUAAUCCAGAUACUGUAUACUAAUCCACAGAACAGGUCUGAAGUUUUAGUGUUAGGCUUUGGAACAGAACACCCUGUCAGGUCCCAUACAAAAGUCACUUCUGGACCUAGGCCUGCUUACAUGUAGAUCUAAACCCACACCAUACCUGAACCAAACUGAACAAAAUCUAAAUGUGCUUGCAGAUCUUUUGAACAAUUUCCAAUAUGCAACACCACUGUACCUCUUCAGUCUCCAGCUCAAGCUUCCGUAUAACCACAGUUAUAUUUUCCUCACUGCAAACUUUGAGUGGCAACAUAAAUCCAAAUGUGAAUGUCUGUAAAUUGUUUAAAUGACGAGCCAACAGGUGCAAAUUAUUUAUCUUAGCAGUGACUAACUGGUAGUGAAGUUUUUUUUAUAGUUGCAUUUUCUGUAUUUUUUUAAAAAACUGCACAUGUCCUGACCUGGUUUGUAAACCAGUGUUUGGUUACUUAACAGAACAUAUUUAACACUGUAAUGUUGAUUGGAAGCUGCAUAAUUAAAAGAAAACUGACUCUG